AAACUUUGCUCGCUAACGUUUCGCUUCACGAACUGAGCGCGGGAAGGAGGGGGUGUCGGUGAAUUGAGAGCUGCUUGAAGCGAGACGUUAACAUAGCCUGCUGGGACACAGCCUCUCUUCCUGUACCUCAUCAGUCAUGGAUUCCUGGAGAACAAGGUGUAGUCUGCAUAGCAAAGGAACUAAGGACCUAGAGGAAAGCCUUGCAGAUCUACAACUGGAGGAUGAAGACGAGAAGAAAACACAGAAAUCUGAGACCUUUGAGACAAUUCAUGUCCUUGACAGUGGCCUAUUGCUUUCCAAAGGGAUGUACGACCACUUGUAUGAAUACCAGAAACAAGGCUUAGCUUUCCUUUACAGUCUACAUCAAUCUGAGAAAAAGGGAGGGAUCUUGGCAGACGACAUGGGCUUGGGAAAAACAGUCCAGAUUGUAACAUUUCUUUCCGGGAUGCUAGAAAUGGACCUGAUCAAAUCUGUGCUACUGGUAAUGCCCUGCAGCUUAUUAGGGAACUGGAUUACGGAGUUUAAAAUGUGGACCCCGAGCAUCCGUUUCAAAGUGUUUCAUCAUAGUGAGAGAAAUCCAGAUAAGAACUUGAAGGAUGUCCAAACAAUCGGAGAUGUGCUUAUCACUUCAUAUGAAACGCUAGCUCAAAACUGGCAGAAAUUUUCAAAACAUGAUGAGACAGCGUUCACCUGGGAUAUGGUAAUAUUUGACGAGGCCCACAAGAUUAAAACGCCAUCCACCAAAAGUUUUAAAGCUGCAUGUUUAAUUCCAGCACACACCCGAAUCCUUCUCACUGGAACACCUGUCCAGAACAACCUCAAGGAGAUGUGGGCACUGUUCAAUGUAGCCUGCCAGGAAACCCUCCUAGGAACAUAUAGGACUUUUAAAAAAUUAUAUGAAGACCCAAUAUCGAAAGCAAGAGAGAAAAAUGCCAGCCCACAUAUGAAAUCUCUGGGGCUCAAGAUGUCUGAAAGUCUAACAGAAAUGAUAACACCAUACUACUUGAGGAGGACAAAGGAAGAAGUUCAGAAAAACAGGCACGAUUCAGACCACAGGAAUGAACGUCAUCCAGAGAAUAAGGAGAACCAUGACCCCGAGGUUGCUGUUGAGAUGCCACUGUUUACCAGAAAGAAUGAUUUUGUUAUAUGGCUUCACCUCAGCCCAUUACAAGAAAUUCUGUAUGAAAACUUAAUUUAUUCGGAUAAAGUCAAAGAAUGUCUUGAAACAUCCCGUUCUCCCUUGAGUGACCUGAAUACCUUGAAGAAGAUUUGUGAUCACCCCAGACUGCUGUCUGCCCAAGUUUACAGGGAGUUAUUCCACCUGGACAAAAGUGGAAUUGACUGCUGGAAUGGUGACAAGGAUAUGUGGGGUGCUGAUGUGAGACAGCAGUCAAGUGAAACUCUAAUUCAGGAAUCUGGCAAGUUGCCGUUCCUCAUCUCCUUACUGGAAAAGCUUCGGGAAGAGGGCAAUCGCACACUUGUGUUCUCUCAGUCUAGAAAAAUGUUGGACAUAAUUGAGAACAUUUUGGAUGAACGAGGGUUUAAGGUGAUGCGUGUGGAUGGGACUGUCAGUCAUUUAGCACAGCGUGAGAGACGAAUCACAAAGUUUAAAAAAAAUAGAGACUACUCAGUCUUUCUGCUUACUACUCAAGUGGGUGGUCUCGGGCUCAACCUGACGGCUGCUAAUAGGGUUGUCAUCUUUGAUCCAUGCUGGAAUCCAGCUAGAGAUGACCAAGCUGUGGAUAGAGUGUACAGGAUUGGGCAGAAGAAGGCUGUGGUGAUCUACAGGCUCAUUACAUGUGGGACAGUGGAAGAGAAAAUAUACCGAAGGCAAGUCUUUAAGAAUUCACUGAUCAGACAGGCAACUGGGGAUGAGAAAAACCCAGUUCGGUAUUUCAACAAUCAAGAAUUGAAAGAGCUCUUUAUAUUAGAGGACACGCAGUCUUCUUCAACACAGAUUCAACUGCAGAAAAUGCAUGCAGCUCAAAGACAGACAGAUAAAGAACUGGACGCCCAUAUAGCCUACCUGCACUCACUGAAGAUUUUUGGGAUUUCAGACCACAACCUCCUGUUCUCAGAGGCACAGGAAGAUGAAAAUGAAACUGAAGCAGCUCAGAAUGACAUUCGUCUCAAAGUUGAAAAAGCACAAGGAAUGAUAGAAGCAGAAUCCCAGGUGGUUCGACACCACGGUAUACAUGAAGCAGACUUGAAACUUUCAAAGCCUCAGAAGAAAUCCUCUAAACCCACCUGGAAUGAAAGAGACACAGGUAUGUCUUCCCCUGAAGUUCUUGGCCUAAGCAAAGGAAGCUCUAAAAUGGAAGAUGACUCAUACAAUGCCAGUGAAGAAAAUUCUCAGCUCACAGAAGAAGCAGAAGGAGAAUGUUUACAAGGUGUUGCAUUACCCGAGAAAGAAGCCACUAAACCCACCUGGAAUGAAGGAGACACAGGUAUGUCUUCCCCUGAAGUUCUUGGCCUAAGCAAAGGAAGCUCUAAAAUGGAAGAUGACUCAUACAAUGCCAGUGAAGAAAAUUCUCAGCUCACAGAAGAAGCAGAAGGAGAAUGUUUACAAGGUGUUGCAUUACCCGAGAAAGAAGCCACUAAACCCACCUGGAAUGAAAGAGACACAGGUAUGUCUUCCCCUGAAGUUCUUGGCCUAAGCAAAGGAAGCUCUAAAAUGGAAGAUGACUCAUACAAUGCCAGUGAAGAAAAUUCUCAGCUCACAGAAGAAGCAGAAGGAGAAUGUUUAGAAGGUGUUGCAUUACCCGAGAAAGAAGCCACUAAACCCACCUGGAAUGAAAGAGACACAGGUGUGUCUUCCCCUGAAGUUCUUGGCCUAAGCAAAGGAAUCUCUGAAAUGGAAGAUGACUCAUACAAUGCCAGUGAUGAAAAUUCUCAUCUCACGGAAGAAGCAGAUGGAGAAUGUUUACAAGGUGUUGCAUUACAAAAUAAUUCAAAUGCAUUACCUGAGAAAGAAGCCACUAAACCCACCUGGAAUGAAAGAGGCACAGGUAUGUCUUCAAUCAAAGUACCAAACCAAAGACAAGAAAGCUUUGGAAUGGAAAAUGGCUCAUAUAAUGCAAGUGACAAAAGUUCCCUUCUCAGGGGCGGGUCAGAGCGUGAGUGGCACAGUGUGGGAUCAGCUUCUAAUGGGACCCCUAACAAUAUUAGUCAAUCUUCUGAAAUGAAUACAGCAUCCUAUAAUCCAGGGAUAUUAAACUCUGUCUUUUCUGAUGGAAAUGAGGCUGCAGUUACUUCAUUUAAUGAAAACACAUUGUCCAGAGAUACAGUCACAUCUGUUGCAACUGAUGUGAAUAAUGGAAAGCACAAAGGAAUGAAUGAUGUCAUGGAAGUAUUCGAAGACCCAACAGAGAAGGAGUCAUUGGCCAUACCAAUUCUCUGCAACUACUCACUGACUCCAGAUAGUAAAUCAAUCUGCAUGGACAGUUUUUCUCAUAGCAAGAUCGGAUCUCCUGAUAUUGUGACAUCCACUCCUGGUCCAUUUACUAAAAACAAAAUGUUUAGAGAUUAUUUAGCCCGAACCAGUGUCUAUAUUGGAAACAAGGAAGGAAUCAAGGGCAUUUUUACAAAUUGGGAAGAUACAAAAGAGAAGGGACGCUUAUCACCCACACUAUGUGAUUAUUCACAAACUGAUUCUUCAGCUUUCGUAUUUGAACCAAAUGCAAUAGGUUCUACACCACAAACAUUUUUAGAAAGAUUAUGUGGGUUCCACGUUCCCAGUGAGAGUGACUGGGAUGAAAAUGAAAUCUUCAUCUCUGCCGCUAACUCUCCAGCAACUCGAACAGUUCUUCUCGGCGGCUUUCAACUGAUUUUGGAUGACAGUCAAGAAGAUCCACAAGACAGUGUAAUGGGAAAACAAAAGGAGUCUCUGCAACAUGUACUGGAUAGCUCAAAAGGAUUACAGGAAGCUCAGAAUGGCACUUGUCUCACAGUUGAAAAAGCCCAAGAGAUGACAGAAACAGAAUCCCAGGUGAUUCGACAUUAUGGUAUACAUGGAGCAGACAUGAAACGUUCAAAGCCUCCGAAGAAAUCCGCUAAAAACACCUGGGAUGAAAGAGACACGGGUAUGUCUUCCGCUGAAGUUCUUGGCCUGAGCAAAAGAAUCUCUGAAAUGGAAGAUGACUCAUACAAUGCCAGUGAAGAAAAUUCUCAUCUCACAGAAGAAGCAGAAGGAGAAUGUUUACAAGGUGUUGCAUUACCUGAAAAAGAAGCCACUAAAACCACCUGGGAUGAAAGAGGCACAGGUAUGUCUUCCCCUGAUGUUCUUGACCUAAGCAAAGGAAGCUCUGAAAUGGAAGAUGACUCAUACAAUGCCAGUGAUGAAAAUUCUCAUCUCACGGAAGAAGCAGAAGGAGAAUGUUUAGAAGGUGUUGCAUUACAAAAUAAUUCAAAUGCAUUACCUGAGAAAGAAGCCACUAAACCCACCUGGAGUGAAAGAGACACAGGUAUGUCUUCCCCUGAAGUUCUUGGCCUAAGCAAAAGAAUCUCUGAAAUGGAAGAUGACUCCUACAAUGCCAGUAAAGAAAAUUCUCAUCUCACAGAAGAAGCAGAAGGAGAAUGUUUACAAGGUGUUGCAUUACCCGAGAAAGAAGCCACUAAACCCACCUGGAAUGAAAGAGACACAGGUGUGUCUUCCCCUGAAGUUCUUGGCCUAAGCAAAGGAAGCUCUGAAAUGGAAGAUGACUCAUACAAUGCCAGUGAUGAAAAUUCUCAUCUCACGGAAGAAGCAGAUGGAGAAUGUUUACAAGGUGUUGCAUUACAAAAUAAUUCAAAUGCAUUACCUGAGAAAGAAGCCACUAAACCCACCUGGAGUGAAAGAGACACAGGUAUGUCUUCAAUCAAAGUACCAAACCAAAGACAAGAAAGCUUUGGAAUGGAAAAUGGCUCAUACAAUGCAAGUGACAAAAGUUCCCUUCUCAGGGGCGGGUCAGAGCGUGAGUGGCACAGUGUGGGAUCAGCUUCUAAUGGGACCCCUAACAAUAUUAGUCAAUCUUCUGAAAUGAAUACAGCAUCCUAUAAUCCAGGGAUAUUAAACUCUGUCUUUUGUGAUGGAAAUGAGGCUGCAGUUACUUCAUUUAAUGAAAACACAUUGUCCAGAGAUACAGUCACAUCUGUUGCAACUGAUGUGAAUAAUGGAAAGCACAAAGGAAUGAAUGAUGUCAUGGAAGUAUUUGAAGACCCAACAGAGAAGGAGUCAUUGGCCAUACCAAUUCUCUGCAACUACUCACUGACUCCAGAUAGUAAAUCAAUCUGCAUGGACAGUUUUUCUCAUAGCAAGAUCGGAUCUCCUGAUAUUGUGACAUCCACUCCUGGUCCAUUUACUAAAAACAAAAUGUUUAGAGAUCAUUUAGCCCGAACCAGUGUCUAUAUUGGAAACAUGGAAGGAAUCAAGGGCAUUUUUACAAAUUGGGAAGAUACAAAAGAGAAGGGACGCUUAUCACCCACACUAUGUGAUUAUUCACAAACUGAUGCUUCAGCUUUCGUAUUUGAACCAAAUGCAAUAGGUUCUACACCACAAACAUUUUUAGAAAGAUUAUGUGGGUUCCACGUUCCCAGUGAGAGUGACUGGGAUGAAAAUGAAAUCUUCAUCUCUGCCACUAACUCUCCAGCAACUCGAACAGUUCUUCUCGGCGGCUUUCAACUGAUUUUGGAUGACAGUCAAGAAGAUCCACAAGACAGUGUAAUGGGAAAACAAAAGGAAUCUCUGCAACAUGUACUGGAUAGCUCAAAAGGAUUACAGGAAGCUCAGAAUGGCACUUGUCUCACAGUUGAAAAAGCCCAAGAGAUGACAGAAACAGAAUCCCAGGUGAUUCAACAUUAUGGUAUACAUGAAGCAGACAUGAAACGUUCAAAGCCUCCGAAGAAAUCCCCUAAAAACACCUGGGAUGAAAGAGACACGGGUAUGUCUUCCCCUGAAGUUCUUAGCCUGAGCAAAAGAAUCUCUGAAAUGGAAGAUGACUCAUACAAUGCCAGUGAAGAAAAUUCUCAUCUCACAGAAGAAGCAAAAGGAGAAUGUUUACAAGGUGUUGCAUUACCUGAAAAAGAAGCCACUAAAACCACCUGGGAUGAAAGAGGCACAGGUAUGUCUUCCCCUGAUGUUCUUGACCUAAGCAAAGGAAGCUCUGAAAUGGAAGAUGACUCAUACAAUGCCAGUGAUGAAAAUUCUCAUCUCACGGAAGAAGCAGAAGGUGAAUGUUUAGAAGGUGUUGCAUUACAAAAUAAUUCAAAUGCAUUACCUGAGAAAGAAGCCACUAAACCCACCUGGAAUGAAAGAGACACAGGUAUGUCUUCCCCUGAAGUUCUUGGCCUAAGCAAAGGAAGCUCUGAAAUGGAAGAUGACUCAUACAAUGCCAGUGAAGAAAAUUCUCAUCUCACAGAAGAAGCAGAAGGAGAAUGUUUACAAGGUGUUGCAUUACCUGAAAAAGAAGCCACUAAAACCACCUGGGAUGAAAGAGGCACAGGUAUGUCUUCCCCUGAUGUUCUUGACCUAAGCCAAGGAAUCUCUGAAAUGGAAGAUGACUCAUACAAUGCCAGUGAUGAAAAUUCUCAUCUCAUGGAAGAAGCAGAAGGAGAAUGUUUAGAAGGUGUUGCAUUACCCGAGAAAGAAGCCACUAAAACCACCUGGAAUGAAAGAGACACAGGUAUGUCUUCCCCUGAUGUUCUUGGCCUAAGCAAAGGAAGCUCUGAAAUGGAAGAUGACUCAUACAAUGCCAGUGAUGAAAAUUCUCAUCUCACGGAAGAAGCAGAAGGAGAAUGUUUAGAAGGUGUUGCAUUACAAAAUAAUUCAAAUGCAUUACCUGAGAAAGAAGCCACUAAACCCACCUGGAAUGAAAGAGGCACAGGUAUGUCUUUCCCUGAAGUUCUUGGCCUAAGCAAAAGAAUCUCUGAAAUGGAAGAUGACUCAUACAAUGCCAGUGAAGAAAAUUCUCAUCUCACGGAAGAAGCAGAAGGAGAAUGUUUACAAGGUGUUGCAUUACAAAAUAAUUCAAAUGCAUUACCUGAGAAAGAAGCCACUAAACCCACCUGGAGUGAAAGAGACACAGGUAUGUCUUCAAUCAAAGUACCAAACCAAAGACAAGAAAGCUUUGGAAUGGAAAAUGGCUCAUACAAUGCAAGUGACAAAAGUUCCCUUCUCAGGGGCGGGUCAGAGCGUGAGUGGCACAGUGUGGGAUCAGCUUCUAAUGGGACCCCUAACAAUAUUAGUCAAUCUUCUGAAAUGAAUACAGCAUCCUAUAAUCCAGGGAUAUUAAACUCUGUCUUUUCUGAUGGAAAUGAGGCUGCAGUUACUUCAUUUAAUGAAAACACAUUGUCCAGAGAUACAGUCACAUCUGUUGCAACUGAUGUGAAUAAUGGAAAGCACAAAGGAAUGAAUUAUGUUAUGGAAGUAUUCGAAGACCCAACAGAGAGGGAUUCUUUGGCCAUACCAAUUCUCUGCAACUACUCACUGACUCCAGAUAGUAAAUCAAUCUACAUGGAGAGUUUUUCUAAUAGCAAGAUCGGAUCUCCUGAUAUUGUGACAUCCACUCCUGGUCCAUUUACUAAAAACAAAAUGUUUAGAGAUCAUUCAGCCCGAACCAGUGUCUAUAUUGGAAACAAGGAAGGAAUCAAGGGCAUUUUUACAAAUUGGGAAGAUACAAAAGAGAAGGGACGCUUAUCACCCACACUAUGUGAUUAUUCACAAACUGAUUCUUCAGCUUUCGUAUUUGAACCAAAUGGUUCUACACCACAAACAUUUUUAGACAGAUUAAGUGGGUUCCACUUUCCCAGUGAGAGUGACUGGGAUGAAAAUGAAAUCUUCAUCUCAGCCCCUAACUCUCCAGCAACUCGAACAGUUCUUCUCGGCGGCUUUCAACUGAUUUUGGAUGACUGUCAAGAAGAUCCACAAGACAGUGUAAUGGGAAAACAAAAGGAGUCUCUGCAACAUGUACUGGAUAGCUCAAAAGGAUUACAGGAAGCUCAGAAUGGCACUUGUCUCACAGUUGAAAAAGCCCAAGAGAUGACAGAAACAGAAUCCCAGGUGAUUCGACAUUAUGGCAUACAUGAAGCAGACAUGAAACGUUCAAAGCCUCCGAGGAGAAAUCCCCUAAGAACACCUGGGAUGAAAGAGACACGGGUAUGUCUUCCGCUGAAGUUCUUGGCCUACGCAAAGGAAGCUCUAAAAUGGAAGAUGACUCAUACAAUGCCAGUGAUGAAAAUUCUCAUCUCACAGAAGAAGCAGAAGGAGAAUGUUUACAAGGUGUUGCAUUACAAAGCAAUUCAAAUGCAUUACCUGAGAAAGAAGCCACUAAACCCACCUUCAAUCAAAGUCCCAGACCAAAGACAAGAAAACUCUGAAAUGGAAAAUGACUCAUACAAUGCAAAUGACAAAAGUUACCCCCAAAUGGGCGGGUCAGACUGUGAAUGGCACAGUGUGGGAUCAUCUUUUCAAAGGACUCUGGACAAUAUGAGUCAAUAUGACAGCUUUCCUAAUACAAACACAGCAUCCUAUAAUCCAUGGCUAUUGAAUGCUGGUCCUUGUGAUAGAACUGAAAAUGCAGUUUCUGCGUUUGCUGAACACAGAUGCAAGUCCAGUGAUACAUCUGCUGCAACUGAUGUGAAUAAUUGAAAGAGCAAAGGAAUGAAUGUCAUGGAUGUGUUCGAAGACCCAACAGAGAAGGAGUCAUUGGCCAUACCAAUUCUCUGCAACUACUCACUGACUCCAUAUAGUAAAUCAAUCUACAUGGAGAGUUUUUCUCAUAGCAAUAUCAGAUCUCCUGAUAUUGUGACAUCCACUCCUUGUCCAUUUACUGAAAACAAAAUUUUUAGAGAUGAUUUAGCCCAAACCAGUAUCUAUAUUGGGAACAUGGAAGGAAUCGAGGGCAUUUUUACAAAUUCAGAAGAUGCAAAAGGAUGCUUAUUACCCAUGCUAUGUGAUUAUUCACUAACAUGGUUUCAAGUCAAUUAAAGUGGAAUGUUUUUCCACAAGUAAUAUAGAAUCUCUCCAUGUUCCACAAGGAAUUGAACCUGCAGUUUCGCCACAUGCUGAAAACAGAGCAAUCAUAAAAAACAAAACCCAAUUAAGUUAGAGAUCAGGGGUGCUAGAAAAAGCUCUUCCUAUCUUACAUUCACUGAAAGAUGGACUAAUGAUUUUCCUUUAUACAGAGGCUUCAUGAAAGAGUCUGCAGCCACUGCUAACCCAUGCAUCGAUGACACAAGCAGGUCUGCUACCCCUGAAACUUCACUCAUAGGUGUUAAUAAUAGCCUUGAAGAUACAAGUCACUCAUGUGACACCAGAAACCACUUGAGGCAUAAUUUAGUAACAUCUCUGACAAUUGAAUCACCUGUAGGGAUUGUAAAAGCAGAGGAAGAUGAAGGCUGGGAUCCAGUUCAGCUUCCCUCCAAUGGAGCUAUCAUGAAAAGACCCGAAGAGAUACCUGAGGACAGUUGCUUGGAGGCAACUUCCAAUCAUUUGCAGGCAAAAGAAAUUGGACAGGACUUAAAGGAUAAGAGUUCAUACAUCAAUCAGGAAUCUGACAACAGAAGUGUUGGAAUAAGCCCUACUCUGAAGAUAUUAAUGAAGCUCUGGUCAGGCAAGUGAAAGAAUUGAAACAGAAAGGAAAGCUGUAAGUCCAUCACACUUUUAUACAGCCCCUAGAAGGACCUCCUCGUGACAAUACAAUGUAGCUUCUAUGUCAACUAGUUGUGCUGUUGACAUACAGGGGCCUGAGGACUGGGUGGAGGUGGACGUUUAUAAUACAAACAAACAAUAAACUGUUCACUAGUUUUACAAUAAUUUGACAGGAUCCAUUAAAACCGUAAUGAUUCUCAAAGUUCUUUAGGUAAAAUUGUUUCGCACCAUUGUUUCAGAAAAUAAUAAAAUUACAAAAUCAGAAAUAUUCUACAGCCCUGCCAUUUUAUUUUGGAUCUUAUGAGAAGUUUUUUUUUUUUUUUCCUCACUUGUUUUAGAUUUUGUAACUGGUGUUUUUUUUUUUUCUUCCAGUAAGAAAGCUUUGAGAAUCUCUACCUAAUUUAUUUUUAAAUAUAGUAAAUAUCAAUUUUGUAAUGGUGACAGUUUUUGGGGGGCAGGGGAGGGUUAAGAUAUUUUUAAUAGUUUGGUUUAACUUGAUUAUGGGUGUUUUUUUAUAUUUUGUAAAGUUUUUUUCUGUAUAAAAUAAAAAUGCACUCACCAAAGCGCUUAGCCACACCUUUGCCUCCUCAAUGUUUGAACCCAGGUUUUUAGAGUACGAUCCAUAACAAAUAAUCAAUAAUGCAUCUGUAAAUGUAUUAGUGUGGCAGGGCGGUUGCCCUGCACAAUGGGAAAUUAGUGUUGGUAUAAUUUGUGUGUGGAAAUGGGUUUAUUGUGUGUCGUUUUGGAGUUGAUUUGUUUGAUUGAUUGAAUUAUUGUUUACAGACAGGCGCUCGAUUGAGACUUGCUGCCUGCUAGGCUUGGUUAAGGGGAAGGGCAGCAAAUGAUCAGCAGGUGGGCGGGUCUUGACCGAGUGUCUGUCAGUUUAAUAACCUCAGUGGGAGAUGGCUCGGGGCGACUGCAUCACCAUGCCCCAGAGGGGAGCUGCGUAUGUUCGGGAGGAGAGGGUCCGCUCUGCAGGAACGACAGCUACGCAACCCAAACUGCAAGUGGUGCUUGUGAAGGCAUUGCCCAGCCAAGGCCGUAUGAAGCAGCAAGUCGUAGGAAUACCAGCUCAUAAGUAGGUUAGUUUAGGGGAUAGUGGUCCCAGGAAGUAAUGUACAACGAGGGUUAUGUAGUGUAGCAGGUUCCUGCAACAGACACCUCAUUUAUAAGGCUAGCGCUCGCCCUCUGUGGCACCUUCAAAUCUCCUGAUAUUGUGACAUUAUUUGUAGUUUUUGUAUUGUGUUUUAUUUUGUA